AUGACCCCCUCCGCUAUGUUGUCACGAUCCCAGCCGCCUCUUACUCCUUCCUUCGCGGCAUCCGAGCAAAUCAGCGAUUCGACUAAGUUGCAAAUCGCCUGCACUUGGCUGAAGGAGGUGCUCGGCAAGGAUGGCGAUGUGCCCCCCUUCGAGAUCAAUUCGCAGACCGUAGAUGUGCUCUUUGGGCUGGCCCUCUUCAACAAGCAGCGAGAAGUCGAUGUCCAGCUUCUAAUUGAGGAUGCACACGAAAAGGCUGCUCAUUACAAACAAGAAGCCGACAAGAUGGAGAACAUCAUGUCCACGAUUGGCCUCUCCAUCGAUAGAUUGCCGCCAGCAGGUGUGACUAGUCUCGCCAGCUUGGCUUCCCUUGCCCUCACGCUUGACACGAAGGACACCAGCCUCGCCAGCUACUACCUGAGCCUGCAAGACCUCGAUGAAGAACUGCACGACGUCAGCAAGAAGCGUGAGGAACAGCAGGCAUCGCUUUCUGGUUUGCUGGAGAAGACGCGUUUGGCUGUGGCUCGACUCGACAAGAUGAGCAAAACGCUUCUAGAGUACCAGGGCGAAUCGGAUCAGCAGAAGCAAGCGAUGAAUGAACGAAUGUCCGAGGUGAGGUAUCUUCAGGGCAAGACCGCCGAGUGUCACGCCACCAUGCAGAAGCUCAAGGUAGUGUCCUGUAUUCAUCGCGUCUCCGAUUCCUGCUUCUACUACUACUUCGAUUGUGCUUGUGAGCAGAUUAGUGCAAGUGGAGUGUCGAACGAGAUCACGCAUUCGGCGCUAGUCAAGCUCAACAAGGAGUGGAAGGUGGUGCACGAGAAGACGGAGCCCCUGUUGGAGAGCUUGAAGAAGUAUCACCAACUGCCACCGGAUGCUACGUUGGCCAAGAUCAAGAUCGACGACGCCAGGCGAGAGGUGGCCCGGCUCAACCAGCAGAUUUCGGACACGCUCGCGCGGAUGAACAUCUCCUACCACUGA